GCUUGAAUGGGACUUUGUUUUCUCCUCUCGUAGGGAUUUGCUCGACUGGGAAAGAACGAAAGAGAAAGAGUGUGGGAAAUAGUACAAGUGAAUGCGGCAUCAUGGAGCGCACAGCUUUCGCUUGGAAGCACGUCCAGCCUUGGCCGAGAGCAGCGCGGAGGAGCGAGUGGCUCCGGAGCGCCUUGGCCCACCAUCACUGCCCCGAUCCCGGCGUGGAGAACGAGAUCGUCGUUCUGGCCACCGGAAUAGACCAGUACUUGCAAGAGGUCUUCCACCAUCUUGCCUAUCCCAACCGGGACGAUUGUGUGUCGGCGGAGGACUUCAGCACCCUCUGCGCCGUGCUCGGUGUCACCGGAGCCCAGAAGAGCAUUCAAGGAACCGGGGCUGCUGCGGCUGCUGCUGCUGCCGCUGCCGCUGCCGCCGCCGCCGCCGCUGCUGCAGAAGGCGACGAAGACGAGCAAGAGUUCAUCGACGUAUGCGCCGGGCUGCCUUGUCAGAUGACUUUUAAGGACUUUCAUUCGCGUCUGUGCGGCUUCUUUCGCGUGCGCUCUGCGCCAAGAGGCUCGUCCUCCGGGCCCGGGGAAUGUGUGUGGCGACUGCCCGUUACCGAGGAGACGGAGCUGGUGGAGAGACACAUCAGGCUUCGGUGGCCUCGUGUGAGAAGGAGAAAAUCGGUCACUUUUGAUCGAACAAGGAAUCACAACAGAUCCACAGCUGGCCGAACUGCUGACGAGACUUCUUCGGACGAGUUAGCGGCGCUGAGGGAGUUGGUGGAGGACCUCCGAUCGGCGCUGCAAGGUAGCGACGCUCGCUGCUUGGCCCUGGAAGUGGCUCUGAGACGAGAGCGGGGACGCUCACAGUCGGCGGCUCCCGUCGGCGUGUCGUCGCGCGCAACUUCCAUUUCCCUCAUCCCCACACGGCGGAUUAAAGGACAGCUCAAUGUUGCUGGAGGAAAUGCUGGGAGGAGGUUUGGCAGAAAAUGGGACAUGAGGGACCCGCUUUUAAGAGAGUUGCAGCUGAUCCGCUCCUCACGUGACGGACAGCUGGAGGAGGCCAUCAAGUUCAACCAACGUCUCGAGGAGGAGCUGCGAUGGGCAUACCAGGAAGUGAGCAAGCUUCAAGGGGUGGAGUCUGCGCUCAGGAGGGAGAACGUCCACAUUAGGCGGCGAGCGGAGGAAGCCAGGGAGGCUUUGAGCUUGGGCCUGGAGCGGGUGCGAAGGAUUCAGGAACAAGCCCAAUCUGUGCCACAACUCCAGUCCAAGAUCAGCCAGCUGGAGAAGGAACUGCAGCAGUACAGAUCCGGCUGCAGUUGUCUUCCAAAAGGAGAAGAAUUAUGCGGUAAGUCAGAUGCCGAGUGUCUGCAGAGAGCAGUCGAGGGAAGAGCUGCCUCUGCCGAAGAGGAGGCGGCUGACCAAGGACCACGCUGCCUAUCUGAGGCGAAGAAGCACAUCAGGCCAUGGCACGGAUGGCCCAAAGGGUUUUCGCCCAGUCACGUGGUCUUGUUGAAGGGCCACCUGCACGACAGCACUGAUUCUAAAGGCAACGUCCGAUGCUGCACCUGGAAGGGACAAAAGCAAGCGGCAAGCAGCCAAGGCUCUGAGGACAAUAGGCCGGAUCAAAAGGAGGAAAGGGCAGAGAGAAGGGAGAGUGUGUCUUUGACGGAAGGAAAGUUCAGAGAUGCCCUUAUGUUACUUCUGGAGUUACGCAAUAAGAAUUUAUCCCGCCGGGAGCUGGGAAGCAUCGUGAUGGAUACUCUAGAUAUGUGCACUCAGGGAGAUGGCCCAUCCCAGGUAUUGCAGGUCGCUGAUGCCCUCUAUGUGCAGUUAUCCUCCACUGAUCAUAUUAGGGAAGAAGGUGAGGCCAAAGGAGGCGAGAGGGAAGGCAAAUCGUCAGGGCAUCAAACUAGCAGCAGCGGCGGCGGCAGCGGCAGCAGCCCGCUGGUCAUCUCCUGCUAAUUAAGCGGAACUUUUUUUUUCUCUUCUGCUUUUGCAGCAACGUAAAUGUUAUCAAAUCUAUAUACAAGGUUGAGUUUUCUUCCUAUCGGCAUUUUCUCGAGUUAGAAAGGGGCAUUUGCGCCGUUGUGGAAGUGAGCACAGCCAACUUGAGUCCCAACCAAUGGAGGCGGCUCCUCUCACUUUCUACUGUACGCAAAGUACUUUCCUCAGUACUGCAUAAAAGUUGCCCGCUGCGCAGUCGGCACUUGGAGACAAUGCCCCCAACCAAGGUUUUCAAUCGUUUUCCUACGUUGAUUUGAAGCUCAUUCCAUAUCAAUCGUGUUAAUGUACACAAGUGAAUUGUGUGUGUCCAUUUUCUAGCAGUAUGCAACGCGGAAGAACAGUGGAUGAGUCAAUGACAGAAAAGUGUUUUUGAACGCUGCUGUAUUUGUGAUACAUUCCCAACAUAAAAUCACUGUGACUAAUAAAUGUUCAACUUAAU